UCAGUUUGUAACCCCGGAACGGAAGCGGCCGAGGCGGAAGAUCGAAAAUUUUACAAAAAUAGAUUUAAUUAAAGAUGGAUAUAUUUUUCAACCAUCUUUCGGCCGGCCCCAGCACAAUUUUUUUUGAGCAAGCUUUGAAGAACCUAAGCAUAUGCACUGAGGGACCCGGAUCAGACAGCUUUUUAAAACAGAGAAUCUCCCUGGCAAUACAGAUUGCGAACGUCGCUUGCGUACUCGGAUAAAUGAAUGACAAAGUAACUUUCGGCGAAAUUUUUUAUUUGUAACACUUGUAUUUAGCAUUCUCGUGUCGAGUUGCGUGUUCUUAUUAAAGAAACGUAACCCGUAUCGAUUUUAAUUGAAAAAGACUUCAACACUUGUCAUCUUCUUUUAUCAGUAUCACUUCCAUAUCUAGAAAUAUACAAGGAUUUUGACUGGAAUACGUGAUGAAGGGACUCCUGACUGUAAUUUCGGUUACUAUGAUACUUUUGACCUUCUGAUUACCUACUUUUAAAAAAAAUGAUUAAUUAUCUUAGUUACAUUGAAUGAAAAUGACUGACUGCCUUCAAUUAAUUUUUGAAGCAGUCUUAAGUAUUGGCGGUCCCUUGUCUUGCAAAUUCAAAUUUCUAUCUUAAGAAAUCACUUUUCGAGGAAACGAUCUUGCAUGGCAGUAUCUGCGUUGAUGAAAUCUAUCAGUUGAACGUUUGAUCUAAAAAUAUUAAUGUUUUUAAUUUUCAGUAUCAAAAUGAAAGCUGUUAUUAACAAAUCGUUUAGUGAAGUUAAGACCACCGAAGUUAUCGUCGCAAAAUUUAAAGAGAAACGUGAAACACAGAAAGUUCUGAAGUUUUUGAAAACUACCUGUCCAGACUUAAUGUUACCGCAUCUGAAGCUGUUAAGAAAAUUUGACGAUGUACUGGAAGUGAUAAUUGCAAGAGCAGAAGUGUGGCCUUCUCUCAAAGAGUCAGUCAUAGAGUCAAAAGUUGGAUGUAUUUUAUACGAUUUCCGCAUAGUCAGAGUUUCAUCCAGAGUACCGCAAGUUCAGCAGCAGUACGAGGUUGCCAAUGAGUUGUGGCCAUGCUCUUUUCAUAGAAACAAAUUGUUGUCAGCUCUGAUCGAUGGAACGUUCUUUUCCGAAAUUGAACUCCAGUUUCUCUUUUCAGUGUGGGAGAAAAAAAUGCUUCCAAUUGUGACUUAUAUGGAUGCGCAGGGCGCCGAAAAUACGAUCGUGGAAUGUCCAAAUAUGUUGACAGCAAUUGCUUGCUUGAAGACUCAGUGGGUUGUGUGUUUGACUGAGAUUCAAGUUAGGGACCAUCCUCUUGCGCAUAGCGUUAUGGUUGGGGUAGAUUGUGUCGCCAAAAUAGAAGGAGGUGGCGCCCAUGCUUAUGCACGAAACCAUAUUUCGAACGGUAUUGUUAUUGAAACAGACCUCACCAAUGAAAAUUCGGAGGAUUCUAAAUACGCUUCUAAAUCAGAAUAUUUGUGUACAAAUUUCGUUGCUAUUUUGACCCACGAACCCUGCGCUAUGUGUGCAAUGGCGCUUUUACACUCAAGAAUUUCUUCUGUCAUUUACUCACUACCUUUUGAGCAAGGAGGAUGUUUGGGAUCGAAGAGAAACAUUCAUUUAGAACAAAACUUCAAUCACAGAUUCAACGUUUUCAAAGAGUUCAAAACUAAGGAGCUUCAAGAUGUAUUGGGCUGUAAAACUUGAAUGUGAAAUUAGACAGAUUCGAAGAAAUAAGAGAGGUUUUGAAUGGGGCUCUGCGACUUAAGAGAGACAUUGUGUUGGUAUGAUCAAACUUUCGGACUGUUCUUCACUGAUUGCUUGAGACAUCUGUCCGCCGCAAAACACAUUAAUUAUUUGCUCAUUUCAAGGUGCUUUGAACGCAUUAGUUGGUCAGUUAUUGUUUGACUUGGCACUGUUGGGCUUUGUUGCGCAUGCAAAGGAGACCUGUGUGAAACACUCGUUAUAAUUAUUGUCAAAUAGCUUAGCUCAAAUUUUCUGACCCGUUAGUCGCUAGAAGUAAUUUUCGCUAAGCUGCAUUGAAAUAUCUUCAGUAGAACGGCACAUCAUUGUCAAUAUCAGUAUAGCAAAACUACAUCCUAAGAAAUUGUAGUAGGGUUGAUAGUUAACCAACAAUGUUUAGUGCUGGUCAAUUUUUCUGAAACAAUUAGUAUUGAACUAAACAAUAAACCAUCUUGAACAGUUAACAAAAUCUGAUCUGAUAGUUAAAAUGUUUAGUGGUGUAAGUUGUAGGGAAGUCGAUAAUUUUCCGUUACGAAGUUCAAAACUAUCAAAUUCUAAACAAAUUCAGAAGUUUUAUCGAAGAAAUAUAUUAGGAGAUAUGAUUUAAGUUGAGGUUGUUUCUAGCGAUCGUUGUUCAAACAGGCCCCAUUUUGUAUUGCAAACAGGAAACCCAAGCUUAGCUUGAGAUUCAAUAAUUGCAUUAUGAUCUGAUAUUCGACUGUUGUUUGCCCUCAGUUGAUUAACCAGGCGCUGUCUCAGAUAUUGAUAUCUAACUGUAUUCUAGCCACUUCAUUAUCGAGCCAUGAAUUAAACUAUUGGGGAUGUUUAAA